CCCCAUCGCCCGGCUCCCCGCGGGGGCUGCGGGCUGCUUCCUCCCGCGGCCGGGCGCCUAACGCGGUACCUCAGGGCCCGGCCUCGCUCGCCUCACCGGAGAGCUCCGCGCGCCGCAGCACAGGGUCAAAGUCUCUCACUGAGGAACAUCAAGAGCUGGGAAAGCCACCCAUGAUGGAUCGCCUCCUUCUGGCUCUGCUUUUCCUGUUGCAAGGGGUUGACGGAAGCAGCCACCACACAGAAGACUUCCGAUUUUGUGGCGAAAGAAACCAAACAAAGAAAAGUUAUAUCACUUAUCAGAUGCGGCCAGAGAACAACAUCAUUACCAUCGAGAACAGUGCUGAGAUGCUGAAGAUAAGUGCGCCAUUCGAACCAAACCCUGUAAACUACCAUUUACCGGACAAAUUGGGGAACUACCGCUUGUGCCUCUACUGGUACCAAAGCGAUAGGAUUUUCAACCUCACGUAUGGCAAAAACAACUACACACUGAGUACCAAGGCGCACCCUUCCUUCAACUUUUCAAACCCCAGCGCACCGCAGAAUAGAAAUGGGGUUCCUGUGCUUUCCAAAGUGUCCUAUGCCUAUGGCAGGGGCCUGCGAAACACUUCCCUCAGCAGUGCUGCUGUUUACUCCUUCUCUAUCCAUGACAUCAGCAAGGUGCAUGAGAUUGAAGAAGCAUUAAGGAAUUUAGAAAACUACAUGAAGAAUCCCAAUAAACCCACUGGAAGAAAGACCAGUGCCAGAGCACCAUAUGAGGAACUUCUGCGUUUGGAAUCAGACCUGAGACAGGCAAUGGUUGAAGGGGAGUGCAAGACUUUUGGGACGAGUACAGUGCGUGCAACUGUUUUGAAGAUAGGACCCAGCAAAGCCUCUCAGGAUCUUCCCCUCAUGUCUGAAUUGGAGGUGGGCAGAGAGGUCCAUGGGUUUGCAGUGAAUCUGCCAAGGAUCCUCUUUGCACAGGCGAAGGGCAGGGGGAGGAACGCUGAGAGCAGAGUGCUCCUGAUGGAUAUCAACAGCCAGGCCCUUUUCCAGGACCAGAACGGCAGCAGGGUGCUCGGUGAAAAGGUGAUUGGCAUCACCGUGGGGAACACCUCUGUAUCAGGCCUCCAACAGGACGUGGUCCUCAAAUUCUUUCAUGACCAGCUACCGAGGAACGUGACUCCACAGUGCGUGUUCUGGGACAUGGACUCCAGCCACGGCCACGGCAGCUGGAAAAGUGAUGGCUGUGCAACAGAGAUGGGUAAAAACCAGACAGUUUGCCGUUGCAACCACCUCACCUAUUUUGCUGUGCUGAUGAUGUCCUCUCCAGAGAUAGAUUACAUCCACAAGGAGUACCUGACGAUCAUCACCUACAUUGGCUGCAUUAUCUCAGCUGUGGCUUCCCUCUUCACCAUCUUCCUCUUCUGCUGCUCCAGGAGGAAGCACAGAGAUGGCACCGUAAACAUCUACAUUCACAUGAACCUGCUGGGGGCCAUCUUCCUGCUGGACGUGAGCUUCCUCAUUACUGAGCACUUGGCCCUCAUUGGCAGCGAGGCAGCCUGCAAAGCGGGGGGCAUGUUCCUGCACCUCUCUCUGCUGGGCUGCCUGACCUGGAUGGGCAUUGAGGGCUACAAUCUGUACAGGCUGGUGGUGGAGGUCUUCAACACCUACGUGGAGCACUUCAUGCUCAAGCUCUGCCUGGUGGGCUGGGGGCUUCCCAUCUUUAUCGUGAGUGUGAUCUUCCUAGCGAAUCAGGCAAAUUAUGGACUAUUUCACAUAGAAGUAUUUGAAUCCCUUGAGAAAUCCACCAGUGCAACCAUAUGCUGGAUCACAGCCCCCCUGAUCCAUAACAUAGUGAACCUGGGCUUCUUCAGCCUGGUGUUCCUCUUCAACACAGCCAUGCUGGGAGCCAUGGUGCGGGAGAUCCUCAGGCAGAGAAACAGAGGACACGAGCUUAAGCAUGCCCUGGUGCUCCUGGGGCUGAGCCUCGUGCUGGGCAUCCCCUGGGCACUGGCGUUCUUCUCCUUUUCCUCCGGAUCGUUCCGGCUCAUCAUCAUCUACCUCUUCACCAUCAUCAACACUUUGCAAGGCUUCCUCAUCUUCCUCUGGUACUGGACAAUGGUGCUGCAGGUCAGAAAGUUGAAGUCCUACCCCUCACUGAACAACUCUGACAGUACCAGGUUGCCAGUCAGCACCAGCCGCACAAACGCAGACUGAAUCGCCCGCUUUCUCUGGUCACAGCUGGGACUGUCUUUUCCCUGUGAGUCAAGAACCAGGGAUCGCAGUCCCAGAGGGGAGGUGGGGGCAUCAUGUUUGUUUGAUGUUCCUGCCUUGCUACAUGCAGCCAUGUAUAAUCACAAGGAAUGUUGAGAAAUUCACACACACUCCCAGACACUCUGAAGUGGGAUCGACUGUGGGGGAGGGAUAGCUCAGUGGUUUGAGCAUAGGCCUGCUAAACCCAGGUUGUGAGUUCAAUCCUUGAGG